CAACUUUCUUCACCAUGAUUUCGAAACUGCUUUCAGUUGUUGUACUCGUGUUUUUAGUGGGUUCGAACCCCGGACAAGCUGCACAACAAUGCAAAUUGGCAAAAGCGCGAAUUCUUAACUGGGAUAAACUUAGUGGAAUAUGGUACAACACAUUCAGCCACGUUGAAGAUGCAACUCAAUUAGAAGGACGUUGUAACAGCAUCGUCGUAGCUGGAUCUUUUGGACAUGAUGGUGUCGCAGUCGUGAGGAACGUAAUGCCACAAAUACUUACGCCCGAUGGAAAAAAAGAUGUUGCCCCUAAAAGCGUUCCAGAAUAUUUCAUGGCAGUUGACCCAGGGAUUUACAAACUAGACCAAUCAUCGGAAUUACAAUGGAUUAACACGAAGAUUUUGGAACAAAUUAUGACGAAAGAGAGAAUGACUUCUUAUGUGAACGCUAUUUCAGAUCAUUACACAAACGAUUUCGCCAUAACAACUAAUUAUAAAAAUUUCCUCAUGAUAAGCCAAUGCAAUCGUGAAGGGAAGUACUCUGUUUGGGUUUACACAAAAACACCGAAUCCCGACGAAGAAGUGAAGACAGACGUUGAAAAUAACAUGACACACAGAAGAAUCAACGCUGAGUUGCAGAAGAAUGACGCUUGUGUUGCCACUAUCAACAGUAUUUUCGAGCAAGGAUCCGUGCCGAAAUAAAAUUUAAUAUUGUUUUUAUUAUUUGUGUACACUUAAAAAAUAUUUCAAGUGUAGGUUUUAGUGUUGUGUAGAUUUACUUUAAUAUCAACAACAUGUUCGAUUCAAUAUCUUUAUGUUCAGAAUGUGUUUGUUAGAUUAUGUACAUUUUGUACUUGAUUGCAUUCAUGGUGAAAUAUAGUGUUCUGAUAAACUAGUGCCUAUUUUGCACAGGGAAUUUAUUACGUUUAUUACUACUUGAAAUCAAUUUUGUAGACGAAUAAACAAUUAAU